GGGGGGGGGGGUGAGUGCUUCCGGUGGCCGAGGCUACUGGAUGCAGGGAGCCUCCGCAUCCGCUCCGGUGCUGGGUUCGAACCUAGCCACACCUUUGGUGGCCUGGACCUCUGGGCCCCAGGCCCGGCUCAGACACACCUCUGUGUGGUCCCUGGAGCCCCUUGCGGUCUUUUCGAGGGUUUUGACAUCUCGCGCUCCAAACCUAAUAGAAGAGCUCUACGACCCCGGAAGCGCUUCUACGCCCACGCCCGGAAGUAGCGAAAAAGAAAGUGCGCAGUAAUCUCGGAAGCGCGCCACGCGGCCCUGACGCCACGCCGGGGCUUUGCGAAACCUGCGGUUGUCGCCACUUGCCACGGCGCCUUGGAAUCCAAAGCCAUCGCGGAACUUGGUCCUCCCUGAGCACGGCAAACUGUGACGGGUUGCUGAAAGAAUCGGGCAAGGCCCCAAAGAGGCCAGAGCGGCACUCAGGUAGGGCCCCCCCAGUAAAUGCAGGGGCCCCUGGGAGCCCGCUGACGUGUCCCGUCUAGCCGGCCACCUCGUAACGACGCCUCACGUUCUGGAGAGGCCAGCGCCCCGCAAGUGCCUGAGAACACAGAAAAAGGACUUGCAGCGCCUUUGAGUUGCGGUUUUUUCCGGAGCGCGUCCUGCCAGGGAACUUCCUCCCCACCGUGCCGCCAUUGCAGGUGUGGGUGCAGCCUUUAAAGACUGAUUGCAGGGAGCGUUCGGGACUCCUUUGGUUGGCGGAAUCCCCUUAGCCCCAACCCAUCGGCACGCUGUUAAACCCCUUCUGGGAGAAAUGGCUUCUCUAGAGGAUGCCCGCCGCCUUGGGGGUAAGAUCCCUAUCCAGAGCUCCUCAGACUCUGAACCUGCAGCCAGAGCUGAGGGACAACACAGGGAGGCCGUGGACUCAAACAAGGUCAAGGGAAAGAGUGCUACGUUGCACGACCCGACCUCUUCUUCCAAUUACAUGAAGGCCCUCCAGGGCAUCCUGGGAAAAUUCAUACCAAAAGGACAGCCCUCCCGGGGUGCAAAACCGAGCACGAGCGAGCAUCGCGAAACCGGGGGAGAAACCGCCAGGGUUGUCACCUUGUCUGCUCCUCGGGAAACGCAAGCGUUGGCCCCAGUGGUUAGAGAGAAGGAGAAGAUGCUGAUAGAGGUCAGCAGUUCGGGUGACAGGAAAGUGAUCAUCAGUCCUCCGGAGAAACCCAGCAAGAAGCCCCGGGACAACCAGAUGGUGGUCGUUUUUGAAAAAGGCUCCCCAGGCCUCCAGUAUCUAGACAGACGUAACUCUUAUCCAGAAUUCCAGCAGUACAAAGAAAGGGAUACGGUGGCCGAGCGCCCCUCUCCGGCCAGUCUCUUGUCUAUGGAUGAGCUGGCUGCAAUGGGACUCUCUCAGAGGCCAGUCUCCCUGGGUGUCGCCAGAGCCCCGCAGCCUUCAUCCUUCGCCGCUAACCCGGUCAUGUACCGGCCUCCGGUGUACAUGGGUCCUCCUCUCGACUACGCCGGCUACCGCGGCAACAUCCUCCAGGCUUCCCACUACGCCCCCAUGGGCAACAGCAGCAACGUCCCCCAGGCCGUGAAGUACUGGGGAGGCUUCGGCGGUCACGCCCCGUCAGAAGUGUGCUCGCGGAACUGGCCCCGAGACUGGAAGCCGUCAGGAGAAGAUCCUGCCCUGAAUUUCCACUUGGUUCGCUUCCCCAGAAGCUCAGCGGCGAGCCAGGAGAGGAUGACCGUCCAGGCGGGGAUACCAUCACAUUCUUGUGCAGGCUGCGCAGCUGGUGCCCCGCCAGGGAGCCACUGGAAGGGAAGCCUGGGUUUCAUUGACACCCACUGUCACUUGGACUUGCUCUUCUCCAAGAUGUCUUUCCAAGGGUCCUUUAAGAAGUUCACGGAAAUGUAUAGCCAGUCCUUCCCAAAGGAAUUUCAGGGCUGCAUCUCUGAUUUCUGUGAUCCUCGCACACUGAAGGAUGGCAUGUGGGAAGAUCUUCUGAAGGAGGAUCUGGUCUGGGGGGCCUUUGGCUGUCACCCCCAUUUUGCACGUUACUACAACGAGACUCAGGAGAGAAACAUCCUGCAGGCCUUACGACACCCCAGGGCCGUGGCGUUUGGAGAAGUGGGUCUGGAUUACUCCUACAAGUGCACCACCCCUGUCCAGCAGCAGCAGAAGGUAUUUGAGAGGCAGCUGCAGCUGGCCGUGUCCCUGAACAAGCCCUUGGUGAUCCACUGCCGGGAGGCUGACCAAGACCUGCUGGCCAUCAUGAAACGAUACGUGCCUCCCGACUACAAGAUCCAUAGGCACUGCUUCACUGGCAGUUACCUGUUCGUUGAGCCCCUCUUGAAGUACUUCCCUAACAUGUCUGUGGGUUUCACAGCCGUCCUGACCUACUCUUCGGCCUGGGAGACCCGGGAUGCCCUGACGCAUAUCCCACUGGACAGAAUCGUCGUGGAAACGGAUGCUCCCUACUUCCUGCCUCGGGGGGUUCCCAAAAGCCUUUGCCAGUAUGCCCACCCGGGCCUGGCCCUGUACACGGUUCGAGAGAUCGCCAGAAUCAAAGGUCAGCCGCUCACCCAAAUCUUGGCCACCUUGCGUGAGAACACCAACUACAUCUACAAUAUUUAAGCCAGGAGGGAGUGGCCAGGCGUCUUCCAGAAAAGGGAGACCAGCGGCCUGACAGCACGGACUCGAUGUGAACUCUGCCUGCGUCUCGAGGUCAAGACGUGUUCCAGAAGCCCACUAGAACAGGAAAAAAAAGACCGUGGCGGACUGUUUUCUUCAAAACCUCUUCGUAAGACUUCUCCUUGUGACUGGUAGGAUGGGGUGCAGAAUGGCAGGAUGGGUAGGGGGAACUACCCUCGAUGUGCCCGGACGGACAGUAAGAAAAGAAAGCGUUCCAUAGGGUACAAGUUGGCUAAAUCCAACUGCCUGUUCUCUGCAUCCUGGGGCUUUGGUUGCUGCAUAAAGUCACCCUCCUACUGGCCUUUAAAAAACAGAACAAACAAAAAAGGAACGUGGGAGUUUCAAAGGGAGCCCGGUGAUUUGUUCUGUGGGUUCCCCAAACGUAGUUGUUGUUAUAGGAAUUCUCUAACCCGUACGGUUUGUCGUUAAAUUCAUCACUCAGUGACUGCGACUUGCAGUCUCUUGUUUCUAAAGAUAAGCCAACACUAGCAUUUCAUCUCAAAGGCCAUGGAUUUAGGUAAAAAUUAGCCCAUGAAUAGGCAGAACGGGCUGGGGGCGGGGGGCCGGCGGGCUCUCCGUGGAGGCACUUCGAGCCACGACGGGAGCCAGGUCAGUUGAAUCUUGGAACAGCGCCGAGAUGAGUUUUGCAUCUGAACUGAACUCCCAAAGCUUGUGUGAUUCCCAAUCUCUUCACGGAACCAGUGUAUUAAUAGCAACUGCUAUUCAGAUUGCUCUGUUAACAAGGCCCAACUGUAUGCCACUCAGAAAUACUGUUUUCCUGGAGGACAGAAACAGAGGAGCUUUAGCUUCCCACUUGGCAAACAGCCGUCCUCCCGGAGAAAUUUGCAGGAACUCCCAUUUUAGGAAAAUAUUGGAGUUCUGAAACUUAGUUCUGCCAGCCAAAACACACACCUAAAUCCAAGAGCCCCAUUAUCGGAUGAGAAGGGCCAUUUUACUUUAUUUUUUUAAUGUUUGUUUAUUUUUGAGCGCGAGCAAGUUGGGGAGGGGGAGAGGGAGAGAGAGAGUCCCAAACAGUCCCAAGUCAGCGCAGAGCCCGACGUGGGGCCUCCAGCCCCACAUCCCGUGACACCGUGACCUGAGCUGGAAUCAAGAGUCGGAUGUUUAACAGACGGAGCCACCCAGGCGCCCCAAGGAGUGCCAUCCGUUUUAAAGACGGAAAAUUUCUUUUAUCCUCAAAAACCGACUUGAUGAAAACGGGCCCAGCGUUCGCUAGACUUCUCUGGGUUCCUGUGUGUCCUUUUAUCUGGAUCCCAGAAAAAUCCGCUGGCUCCCCCUCUGGUCCUCGGCUCAAAAGUCUCCUCCACAGGGAAGCCCUCCCUGACCACCAAAUACAUAAUGCUCCCCUCCUCACCUGGGAGGAAGAAACUCCCUGGCUUACUGUUUGGCUUUCAUCAUACCGCUUGGCACAGGCUGGAUUGUGUUGUUAGUCUGCCUGUGCGUUCAUUGGUUCUCCUCCCCACUAGGUUUAGAAGCUUGCCAUUCAUCACGCCCGAUGAACACACACCUUGUACAUACACCCUUUGUUAGAACAGUAUCUGGAACAGUGCAGGCCCUCAGCAAAGACUUAACGGAGUUACUGUCUCCCUGGAUGGGAUAAGUGACGUCACUGACACCUGGGAGUGAAGUGACAGUAUUUUGUGCAGGGGGGGGGGGCGGGGGACAGAUAGUAGGGAGAGCACAGAGAAAUAAACCACUAUCUCUAGCGUGCUCUUUAAAAGGCGAGGCAAAAGAAUUGAUGGGCGGCGAUAUUCUGUUUCCAUUCUGUUUCCACGUCCUGUCCUCCGGAGUAAGAAACUGUUAAAUAGAGAGGGUCGACCUUGAUAGUUCAUGUUUCUGUAAAUAACCCUGAAUGUAUCAUAGAUUUUUCUUUUCCCUCUUUGCUGCGGAUCCAGUUUUUGAGAAGAAGGAAGCGGAAGUGUAAGAAAGCUGUUAAGAGCUUUACUUUUCUUUAGGAGAACAAAAGAAGUCCAGUGUCAAAGGUGCAAGUUGGUUAUCUUUUCAAGACCGAAAAGCCUUCCAACACGAAGCCAGUGUUUUGAGGCAAGGUUUUUUUUGUUCCCCCAUUUAAUGCACACUGUAAAGAGACAACGGCACAGAGUGUGUCCCUCAACCCACAGGAGCCCUGAGCUUUUUAUAAAGGGUUGCAGAAAAGAAGGUUCCAUGGACACACAUCUUGGGGGAAAUACUGAGUUAUAACAAAGUUCCACACUUUUACUUUGGGGAUCUCACAUGUCCUUUGAUAUGCUGAUGUGAGCCACACGUCCUCAAGAGGGUGUUUCUCAAGGUUACCUCUAGAUCAGUUUGAUUCAUUCAAGAUAACAAUUCAGCAAGCUCAAGUUCUUUGGGACCGCAAGCGUGGGAAACACCUCCGUCACACUCUUCGCCGUUGCGGUCCCCUUACCACAUCGUGUACUUCUCUCUGCUCCUCACACCCUUUUUCGUUUCCCUUUCUAGCUACCUAAGAUCCAUGGAGAACAAAACACAAAAUGUCAUUGAUCGGUCCUAGCAAGGUGACAUUACCAAGUGGGCAUUUCAAAAAUGGGUGUGAAUGAACAAUUGCAUUUGUAAGUACACGUUGCACAAAAGAGAGAGAAAAUAUAGAUACACACAAUUAAUUUUCCUCUCCAAAAAAGAAGUAUCUCCUUGUUAUACGGAGAAAAUACUUUUCUUAUCUGUUCCUCUCCCUCUGUGUUUUUAUGGCAAAUGCAUAGACUAUGCUCUGCAGUGUUUCUAACACACGGGAGAGCGCCUUGCCAUAAUUCAGCCUUAUUUCUUCAGGAAUGGGAGUGGACGGUGUAGUUUUUUUCUGAGUGCAGUACAUCCAAAGUGGCCUAAAUUUAAAAAAUCACCAUCUUCCUUUACUUACUGCAUGAAUGUAGUAAAGAACACCUCAUCUAUUCAUGCUACUGGGUAAAAAUAAGACGAAACCUCGUGAUCCAGAUGUACAAAAUUUUGGAGCACUCUGUAAAUAGCUUUCUGGUGAUCGAUACUCCAUUGAGCCUCAAAGAAUGAUUGGAAUUCAUACGUUUGCAUGGCACUUCAAAAUUGGUGUCUCCUCGCACAUUCUAGAGGCUUCAGAGAGCCACGGAAGCAACCGGUGAUCUAGAAAUUCAAUUUGCCGUUAGUGGUCCCCGGGCCAUCGGUCAGCUCAGAGUCACAGGGCCUCUCGGGCCCAUUAACGGGCUCCCUGAACCUUGGCACUUGUCUUACUGCGUGUCAAUAUCUUGUUUCUGUUCAAUUUUAGAAAGGCCCUCCUUCCACCGUUAAAGCUCAGAAGGAACAAAGUGCCCACUUGGUCUUGGGAGACGGGGGUGGGGAGGGUCUGUUUUUUCAGUUGGUCUGUAUUCGUAUCUGACUUCCAAAUUAGUACCCGAUGAUAGAACUUUUGAGACCACUACGGAGCAUGAAGUGGGGUAAAAUGGAGACGGUCACUUAAACACGCAGAGUGUUCUCCGCUUUUCUCUGAUAUCACCAUUCUUAUUGGCCAAUUGCUUGAGUCAGUUUUGCUCAUUAACAUCUACCAGGAUAUUCACUUCACCUCCUAAUUGGCAUAAGCUAGACAUUUCACUCGCUCCAAAUUUGUGACUGAAAUACAUUAUUUGGUGUAUCUUCGUUUGCCAUCCCGAGCAAACAAGCUAGAAGUUUGUUGAUUCGGUUGUUUCUUUUAAAGAAUCAGCUCUUAGAGUUUUUAUUCGUAUCUAUUCUGUGUACUGAUUUAUAAAAUCCUGCUUUUUAAGUUGAUGAAGUUUUUGCCUUUAGCUCUCAGAUGAUCUAUUUUGCUUUUCUUAAUGCCUUAAGUUAAAUGCUCAGUUUAGUUUUAAUCUGGGGGAGGGGAGGGAAAGGACAAGGUAUUUGAUAGCAUAAAUUUGCCUGUAAUGGUAACUCUGCAUUAUAUCUGUAGGAGUUUCUAUUUUCAUGAAGUUUACUUUCCUACUCUAAAAAUUAAUACAUAUUACAAAAACAUGAACAGUAAGAAGUACAUGGUAUUUCUACUACCUAGAAUCUACUGUUUUGUUACGGUUUUCCCUUUAAGGUAAUUGUGAUCAACAGGGCUAUGUAGAACUAUUUUUAUUUUAUUUUAUUUUAUUUUAUUUUAUUUUAUUUUAUUUUAUUUUAUUUUAUUUUAUUUUAUUUUAUUUUUUUAUAACCUAGCUAGAAACCUAGAAAACCUAGGUUUUUUUUAUAACCUAGCUAGCAUGUUUUUUAAGCAAAGCUAAAGAACAAACAAGUACAGGUCCUAGAGAAAGAGGAUAUAAAGAUAAGCUUUUUUUUUUUUCCUUUUGACUGACUUUAUUUUACUGUAUUAUUAUUUUUAAUUUUUAAAUAAUUUUCAGUUGAAGUAUUAACUCCAAAAGCUAAUGGUCUGCUUAAAGUCGCAAAAACAGAGAAAUGUAUGUAUAGCCCUAUAUUGUAUUGAGAUUCAUUUCAUUAUUGUUUGUUAUUAUUUUAUCUUCCAAUAAACAUUUAAAAUGGU